GCUAAGCUAAGCACAACAAUGUUUCACUCAGUUUUAAUUUCACUGCUGUUUAUGUUGUCGGACGUCGAGAGCAACUCGUACUUGACAGCGGAGCAACCACUUGCUGAACAAUUUGAGAUGCUCGAUCUGCUAGAUUUGGGCAACAGACCCAGACGGCUGGCACAACCGGAGUUGCAUAACUCAGCCUCAAAGUUCCUGCUGGAGGUUUACAAUGAGAUCAACGAGGAGCAGGAGCCACAGGAGGUGCUGCAUCAGCGUCACAAGCGUUCCAUGGAAGAUGAUAUACUGUUAACUAGGGCGGAUCGUCAAGAAAUAGCCAGUAGCAAUAGCAUAUUGACCUUUUCCAGCCGCAACCGGGACCUUGGCAAUGAAUUAGAUAUGCAUAUAACAUUUAAUACGAAUGAUGUUCCCAUGGACUUAAUGCUAGUGCAGGCCAUGUUGCGAAUUUAUAAGCAGCCCAGUUUGCAGGAGCAGCGCCAGAAUCUGACAAUUUCCGUAUACAAAAAGAUUUACAGUCACAAUCAGGAUGGGGGAGCAUAUCGCAUUUUGCAGUCGCUGAAUACUACAGUCAAUUACAAGGGCUGGCUGGAGUUCAAUCUGACGCAGACGCUGCACACCUGGCUGCUCCAUCGAGGUCUGCAGAAACAGCGACACGAGCUGCGCAUCUCUUUAGGCGACACAAAGCUGGGCGCCUUAGCCGCUGGCUUGGUACCGCCGCAGGAAUUGCACACCAAUUUGGAGCCCUAUAUUGUGGGUUAUUUCAAUGGGCCCGAACUGCUAGUCAAAGUGCAAAAAUUACGCUUCAAGCGGGAGCUGCACAAGCGUAAGGCGACGCUGGCGGCUAGUGGUUAUCAUCACAUGCCACCGCCAGAUUAUUAUAAGCCGCCGCAGUCCUGCGAGCGGCUCAAUUUCACCGUGGACUUUAAGGAGCUGCAAAUGCAUAAUUGGGUCAUUGCACCCAAGAAGUUCGAGGCAUACUUCUGCGGCGGUGGUUGCAAUUUUCCUCUGGGUACCAAAAUGAAUGCCACAAAUCAUGCAAUUGUUCAAACGCUGAUGCAUCUCAAGCAGCCGCAUCUGCCAAAGCCUUGCUGUGUGCCCACUGUGCUAGGCGCCAUAACCAUACUUCGAUACCUUAACGAGGACAUCAUCGAUUUAACCAAAUACCAAAAGGCCGUGGCAAAGGAAUGCGGAUGUCAUUAGAAAAGCGUAGAGGAAUGCGGCGGAAAACCAGUCGACCCUCCAAAGGUUUUAGUAAAAUAUAAAUAUAUCAGACGACCUGAAACAGUCUAAUCUGGUUUAUAGGGCAUUGGUUUAAAGAUGAAUGUCCGCCCCUUUUUGACUUAGAGUACCUUUAAAGAAUUAGAGAGGAUGAAGGCUAAGGACCAUAUCGGUUAUACAAGAGCGAAAAAGGCUCAGUUUUCAUCCUCCCGUUCCAGUUCUGAUAUUUGUAAGCAAAUUUAUAUUUAAGCAAAAAAGCUUUAAUGAUUUAUAACCUUUUAUGAACUCUGAGCGGACGCAUAUGAUGCCCUUUCAUUCGUUUUGUAGCUUGGCUUUAAUGGCCAAAUCCGCAUGAUAC